AUGAGCAAGAUUCCAGAAUCAUUCAAAGAUCUGCCGUCGUAUGCGGACUUGCCGAAUAAGCGGCGAUACUGGCCAUAUGAGCCCGGGUCUGCGCGCGAAGGCCAAGGAAUGACCGGUCUACUUACUCCAACACACAUCGCAGAGUGCGCAGCAAGCGAGAUCCGCACCGGAGAACGAGCGUGUAUCACGCUUCCAAUCCAAGGCGUCACGUAUCCGCUGUUUGGCCGGCCAGCUUCAAAAGUCGACAUCCAUUAUAUCGGCUAUCCGAGUGUGUUUGAUGACGAGGUUACUUAUAAUCCCCAGUCAUCGUCUCAGUGGGAUGGGUUUAGACAUCACUCGCAGCCUGUUGGUUAUGGGUUUACGCCGGGGCUUACCGACGAAGACGUCGCAAAGAUGGACGAGACUGAGCAGUAUCUGUGGUACGGCGGGACGACGGCAGCUGAGAUUCAAGCACCAGGGAGUACACGGAUAGGACUCCACCACUUACGCAGAGGUAUAGUAGGUCGGGGAGUACUACUAGACUAUGCGGAGUGGGCGGCAAAGAAAGGGAUCAAAUACUCCUGCUACGGCGAGCGGCACGCUAUUCCUCUCAAGGAUCUUAAGCAGAUUGUGGCGGACUACAACAUCACCCUAAAGCCAGGAGACAUUUUGUGUGUUCGCAUAGGUGCUACGCAAGAGUAUAGUGCAAUGUGCGAUGAGGAGAGGAAGGCACUAUCUGAGGUACGACCAGUAGUCGGCACCGGCAUCGAAGUCACGGAAGAGACGCUCGAAUGGAUAUGGAACAAUCACUUUACAGCUCUUGUAGGCGACGCAAUCGCGUUUGAAGCCUACCCACAUCUGGAUCAGCGAUUGUCGGUCCACAACGUCUGUCUGGCGGGAUGGGGAAUCCCGCUCGGAGAGAUCUUUGAUCUUGACGAGCUGUCGGAAUUGUGUAAGAAGCACCAGCGGUGGUCUUUUUUCUUCAAUUCUGUGCCUACCUUUGUCACCGGCGGUGUCUCAUCCGCCCCCAACGCUGUAGCCAUAUUUUGA